ACUAAGUGUUGGACACCGUCACUUUGCCGUGUUGUAAAACGUUGGCAGAUUGCACGUGUGCCGCUUUGGCACUUGAAUUUGUUAUUUUUAUUUCACUUUCAAAUAUUUCGGAGCAAUGACGGCCGUAGAGCCAGCAACGAAGAAGAAGCGCAUCUCGAAGAAGAACAAAUCGGCAUGGCGCAAGACAGAUAUUCAAGAUGUGGAGCAGUUUCUCGAAGAUCAGCGCCAGGAGGAGCGUAUUGGAACAUUCACGGAUAAGCAGGAUGAAGAUCUCUUCGUCGUGGACUCUAGCCCUCAAAAAUCCAAGGCUACCGUUCUGAGCGUAAAGCAAAAGCGGAAGCUGAAUGCGCAGAAACCCAUGCGUAGCCAUCAGGCAUUGGAGAACACAUCCAGGGUCCAAGAUCCAAUUGCCAAGCGCAACCAUGUGCGCCAAAAGAAGAACGGCCGCAACAUCGAGCUGGAGGUCUGUAAUCCCACCAAACCGCGCCAUCGUCAGGCCAACAGCGAUCGUUCCAAGUACUACGAAAAGCUGGAGCAGCGUCUGACCGACAAGAAAAACAAGAAGCUAGCCAUCGAAAAAGAUAUCUGGGAGGAGGUUGAUUUCCGUGACGCAGUUCCUGGAUUGAAGGAUGAAAAAGGUUGGAUAAGUCGCGAUUUGGCAUUGCACACAGUAGCAAAUAUUGGCAAAAAGGUGGUAAAAACGCAUGCCAGUCUGCACCACAAAACCACCAAAGCAAAGAAGUUUGAGCUUCCGCAUCCUGGUAUGAGCUAUAAUCCCGCGCCGGAGGAUCACCAGGAUCUGAUAUCGAAGGUUGUGGAGCGCGAGGAGGGCAUCAUCAAGAAGGAGCAGCACCUGAAGCGCGUCACCACCAGCAUGUUCUCCAAGGUGACACCCGAGGAAAGAGAUCGUCGCCGCCUGCAGGAAAUGAGUCAGGGAAUCGACGAGGAGGAAGGCGAACAGGAUGAGGCAAACCAGACAAAAGGAGAUAAAGAAGAAGAGGAUAAGCCCUACCACACGAUCAAUGCUCCUGUGGAGAACAAGAAGAAGAGCAAACAAGCCCGCCGCAAGGAGCUUAAGCAAAAGGAACUGGCACGCCAAACAGAGCUAAAGAGGAAACUCAAGCAACAGACUGCUGAUCUGAUACGUAUCAAAUCCAUUCGCCACGAGCUCGACGACGAGGAGGAGGAUCUUAAUGAGUUGAAGAAGCGGCGCAAGCAACGCGCCGAGAAGGCCAAGUUUGAGCCAAAACGGCUGGGGCAGCAUAAGUUCCAAGAGCCAGACCUCGAUGUAAACCUGCCAGAAGAUGUGGCUGGCAAUUUGCGCAACGUGAAGACAGAGAGCAGUUUGUUGAAGGAUCGUUUCCACACGCUCCAACGGAACAAUAUGCUGCCUACUACGAAGCUGGUUAACCGCAAGAAGGCUAAGGUCAAGCGCUUUGAGCGCAGCAGCCACAAGGAGCCGGGUGUCAGCUAUCAGGACCUCAAGGAUCGGCGCAAAGCGGCCGCCAAUGCAGCCAAAGCGGCAGCCGAUAUCAAGAUAUAGGUUCAGUUAUUAGGUUUCUUUAUUUUUAACGGAGCUUACAAAAAUAUGUACUUUUCUAUAGCAUUAAAAUCCACAUUCUUCUUUCCCCCAAAAAA